GAACAUCUCAAAAAUACACUUUUUUUUGUAUUGGUAACAACAAUUAUUGCGUUUAAAUAUUUGUGACACGUAUUGUUCAAUUAUUUUGGUUAGAAAGCAAUCGUUUGCAGAGAAUCUGGUAGUAAGUAAAACGAACUUGUUUUCAUUGCAAUUUCCAAGUGGAAACAUCACCUAGUGCUUGAAUUGAAAAAAGAAAACGGUGCUUCCGAUUAUAAUUAGCCGAAUUAAAAUUGUUAAGAGACCGAAAUGGUUUUUAAGUGCAAAGAAUGCGGAUGUACUUGCAAAAGAUGCCUCUCUAGCGAUCACGACGUCCAGCUUCAUGUGGAAAUCGAGAACUUGAAACAGAAACUUCUGGAAAAAGAAAACCACAUUGUUAUGAUGGAAACUAAUUUUUUAAAUGAAGCCAACAAGUUUCCAAACGGGGAAUUCGUUGCAUUAAAAGAGGAAUUGCUAACAUGGCAGGAUAAAUAUGAAAGGUUAUAUGAGGCACAUAGAAGGGUUCAACGGGUCAAUCAGGGUUUAGAGGAUAAGUUGUUAAAGUUAGUAGAUGUUUGUGAGACUGAGAAAAAUACUUUAACCAAGGAUGUUGCCACACUCUCGCAGAAUUUAGCCGAAGCCAAUUAUGCCAUUAAGAAAUUAACCCAGGAUAAUGAAAGGUACAAAAAUGAUGUGAGUCUAGCCAUACAGUUUUUGCAAUGCAAGCAGACGAAUUUUGUCGCUCACCGCUUUGACACGCUUCCGCUAGAGGUCCAAACUCAGGUGGCAGCAUACAUGAAUAACAAACGAAAACCAGCAGAAGAAAAAAAACCAUUGUCAGAACCCAAAAGUAUCAAAGUACCGAUACCGACGUUUCCGCCUACCGCAAUGGUAUACUCUGUGCCAAAAUCGCCGGGUACCGACCGUAAACCGGAAGUGGAUCCGGACACACCCGAGGUUGAUAUCGUUUCGGCUUCCAUCAUGGCCAAAGUUUUGGAGGAGCGACAGAAGGAGAGAGCUUUAGCGAAACAUUGCGACACGUGUACCUGCGCGAAGACUUUGAAAAUCAUCUAUGAAGCGUCGCAUCAGCACGUGGGCACCCAGACCGGACGUUACAAGGAAAACUUGUGCUUGAAGUGUAACGACGUGGUGGUGGUCCCUGUAGCUCUGGGGAUCCAACCCGCGAAGCUGGCAGUUGACAGCUUAAGGAGGCCGUCGCCUUUGCAAUUGGACGCCGGCCCGAACGUCCAUAAUGUCGUGAAAGUGCAGCCGAACAAUUUCCUGAGGGAAAAAGCGAAAAGUGACUUGAAACUGUCGUCUGGUAACGUGGACAUCGUUGCCAAUUCUGCGUCGAGAGUCGAAUCGGCGGAUCCCAUAUCGAUACACCACAGGCUGUGCGACAAGUCGUCGCAGAGCUUCGAAUUGGUGGUGGAGAAAGGCGAUUCGGAACAAAACGUCGACCGAUCCAGUGCCAAAAACACUUCGUCGGACAAUCCGAAAGGGCCUAGGUACUGUUCGAUGCGACUCCAGUCCGGAUCGAAAAAUAUCCUGCUGGAUAACGCGCACAGCAACGUAGCGCCUGUUUUGUACACCAGGAGCCACAAGGCGAGACUUCCAGCUCCACAGGCGACUCAUAAACCCGUCGACGGUGUGAAGUCGCGCGACGCCGACUCCGCCUCUAGUCGCGACAGCAAGGCCAACAGUUUGACGAGCGAUAACUCUGCGCAGCACCAGCAACGCGUAGCGGACUGGGUGCGCAGCAGCAUCGAGCGCGACAACGCGACGAGCAGUCCCGACGCGUGUUCGCGCGCGGGCGACGCCAAACCCGACGCCGCGGACAAGACGAAUAGGGCGAGGUACGCGGAAAUGGAGGAGAACGUCAAACGGUUCUUGUUCGGAGAGAGCGAGUUCUGGAAAACGGUCGAAAUCGGAAAGCUAAAGUAUAUGAAUUAUAGGGAGGGGGAAAAGGGCGGAGCGCAGUUGUCGCAGGACGGCAGUCGGACGAGUUCGCACACGGAAACUGACAUUUAGAUCGACGGGCGAUGCGCAGGCGUCGGAACCUAUAAGGUAAACGACGUACGGGCCUCCCUCUGGUGGCUUGACGCGAACUGUGAUCGCAGCCCCGCCCACCCAUCCUUUCCAUGUCUUGAUUUUAUUUCUUUUUAUCAAUUCUAUAGUGUCGUUGUUAGAAGGAUGUUAUUUUAUUCCGAGUGUUCCUCGCAACAAUUAUUUUUUGUACCCGGUAUAUUCACAUUCACUUUUGUCUUCUCCUGGACACUUUUUUGCCAAUCGCAAAUAUUUAACUCUGUCUCAGCAAAGUUCACAGAAUAUAGAGCGCGAGUUAACACAGAUUCCUUAGAUAUUUUGUUCUAUAAUAUAGGGCGUCAAGCUUUGGUGAAAAAUAACGUUUUUUUUUUAACCAAUUCGACAGUUUUUCAUAUAUUUUCUUGAAACUCGGUAUGUAUAGUUAGCACUGUGAGGUUGAUUACACUAAUUAUGUAAAUAAAACACUACGCACCAGCAGAAAAAAGGGGUGUCGAUGAUACACGGCGAGUUGAGAAGAAACAUGGUCGACGAAAAAAAGCAACUCUCCUUAGGUGGUAGCCAAUUAAGAAUGGCACGCAGCUCUGUUUCGAAAAGUAAUUGUCAAAAAACUUUCUGCAAUGGCCGCUAGGGGGGCGUAAUCGCAUUCUUGACUUUGAAAUAACGGUUUUUGAGAAAUGAUCUUAUAUUGUUUUUAAGUUGAGGUAAAUUCGAUUCUUUGUCGCUGUUUUUGGAGUCGUUGACAAGCGCUCUUAUGUUUGUUUCGCCGUUAGAGGGCGUUUUGUGACAUUACGGCAUAUAAAAUGUAUUUUCCUAAAAAAUUAAAUGUCACGAUAUAACUUAGCGAGAAAUAGUCGAAUUCAUUUACAAUUUCAGGGGGGCUUAUAGAAAAAAUAACAAAUGAAAUUUCAAGUUUUAUAAAAAAAAAGGGGCAGCGUGGUUGACAACAACUCUUAUAUAUUCUGUAAACUUUGCUAUCGGCAACAAAAAUUUGAAAAUACAUUGUACAUAUCAACCAGCCCUGCUGUUGGUCUACAUAAGGUUUAAAAAAUGUAUUUUGUCAGAUUCUCAUUUACCCUCGAAAAUGUAUAAAUUUGACUUUUUCAGAAACAGUCGCUUUAAUGUAAAUGUCUUAAAAAAGUAAAUAAAAGUUAAUAGACUCCCUUUAUUAAUUAAGGCAAACGUUUUUUACAAAUUAACAUAAAUUAGAAUCCCAAAAGUGGAAUUUUUGAGGUUAUUAUUAAAUGUUAAAUAUGAAAUAUCAAUAUUUUUUUCCUUUAGUUCGUAAAACUCAAUAACUUUUCCGCUUAGAACUUAACCCGAAAGUCGCUUAAUUUCUUCGGAAAUCAAUUUUAAACCAUUUUUAAACUUAUCGUCGAUUUAAAACUGUCAAAAUGGGAUGGGCGAGGUUGCUCACGACUAUAAGGAAAAAAAUUGUAAACCGAGUGUUUCAUUAUCCCACUCUUGGGAUGGAUAUUGUUGAUCAUUUUCUGUAACAUAUUUAUUAUAAUUUUGUUUAGUUACCAAGAAUAUUUUUUCCCCAUUCCGAUUGGUCUAGGAAUAAAAGGUGGAAUAAAAAAAAAUAACUUUCAUAUAAUUUUCAUUAUACUUAAUACAACAUACAAAAAAAUGUGUGUUCAGCGAAUCUUGAAAACUUCCAUUGCAGUAUUUAAGAAAUCUAGGUGCUCAAUUUACAUGUAUAUAUGACCCUCGCACCCUCUGGUUUUCUACCAUUAGCGUUAAAGUUAUUUUUGUUGGCAUAGAUCAUUUUCAUUGAUUUCAAGCUAUAGGGGAGGUUUUCAAUGUGUUUUGCGAAAAUUAAAAAUGCGGUGGCGCCAUCUGAUGACUUUUAUCUGAAAUUUAACAACGCGUUACGGGGGUUACACCAAACCAACCAAUUCUACGGUUUAUCUGUGGUCUUCAGCUUCGAUUCCGUUUUAAAUUUCGCAUUCUUAACAUCCUGUAAAUAUUAGUAGUUAGUAGGGAUUGUUUUUUAGAAGCUUUGCCGAGGUAGGUAUGUGAUAUUUGAGUCGUUAACAAUCGGUAUAGGUAUGUAUCUACAUAUUUUUUGUAAACUGUUUGCUGUGAAUGUGAGCUGAAUCAUUAUCUACAAAAAGAAAGACCAUAAAACAUUUUUUCACUCUAACAAACUGGUGACAAAAAUCGUUAGCAGCAAAUUUGUAUGCAUAUUUUUAGUGGAUAUUUUUCAUGCCUUAGAUGUUCUUCAUAUACUAGGGUAACCGUAAUCUCUAUACUGAUGAUUUUUCUACCGCGUUCUACAGUGUGAUCGAUUUGAAUCGGAACGGUUCCUGCAAAAUUCUUUAAAUUUGCUUAAAAAAAUAUAUCCCGUAUGUAAGAACAAAAGAAAAAGUACUAAGCAUUUGAAAUGUUUAAAACGACUUGAAUGUACGUUCCUGUAAUUCUUCUAUAAUUUUUCAGAUUUUUCUAUAUCCCGUUUCGAAUGACGCUCCAUACAAACGGGGGGGGGGGGGGGGGCAGGUAAGACAAAUUUUGGUAUUUGUUUGAUAUUUAAGACAUCUCGAAAAUGAAGUGAUACCCGGUUCAUUUCAAAUUGAUCACACCGUAUAUAGAAAAUAAAAAUUGUCUGUGAUCCGCAAUCUAUACUACAUUUUUAGAUAGAUUUUCUUACUUUAGGUCGUACACAAAGGUAUUAAAUGUAUAUUUAGGUAAUGCGAAUGUUGAGGGUUCAAACGACCAAAUAUAUUUAUUUUGAUUAGAUUUCGUGGUACAUUAAGGUGUCCUAUAAGUAUAAUACCCAUGAACACCGAACAUUAACACGAUAAGAAGGGACACUCUGUUGUAGAUGAAACGGUCUUAAAUCCGUAUACCAGAGGCUUUACCAGACUUUUCUCUUCUUCUUUCAUUCGUGGUCAUGAGGUCGCGCCUGCUCAGGUUGCGAGUCUAACGUAAUAGUUAUUUAAACGACGUCUGACUCUACCUACGACUUCGGACAGGUCUGUCAUGUUUAACCACAAUUAAACAACCGGCAAGUAACCCGAUGGAUAGGCGUUAAGCACUACUGCCCGUUGGGUGCUAGUAAGUGCUAAUAGGUGCAGUCACGGAGACUGUCCCUUCUUAUCGUCAUUGAUUAAUUAUAGCAUAUGAUAGAAGCUUAGUUCUUAUUGUGUCCGCGUGGCGACGUAACUUGACCGAUAAUAUUUUUUUAGGUGUGUUUUAAGGGCCUCGCGACCUUUAUAUUAUCAGUAUAAAGCUUCGAGCUUUAGCUUCGGUUUUGUAAAUUCUCGAUUCGCCUCGUUGUUGCCAUUAUUUUUUAAAAUCAGUCUAAGGCGUAUCUUCACACUCUAACCACAACUGCGAGUCGUUUGUGAUUAUUUCGAAAAUUCUCCUAAACCUCUGUCAUUAAAUAUUGGGCAAUCCGUUACGACUUAAGCGUUUGUUAGGUGUGCCCAGUCGGAUAAAUAAAUAACUGUGCAAAUGUGUAA